UGUUGGCAGAGGGCGCGACGGGCGAGCGGCCCCUGACCCCGCUGCAAUGGGCGUCGAGCGGCACGCCCCCUCCGUCGGCGAUGGGGCCGGCCCUCGCCUCCGUGCCCACGCGGGGCGAAGGGGGCCCGCCGCUACCGCCCCCGUCGUCCGAAUGCCGCUUCCUCAAGAUCAACGUGCGCCACAUCACGGACGGGCAGGGCGUGGUGAGCGGCGUGCUGCUCGUCACGCCCAACGCCGUCAUGUUCGACCCCAACGUCUCCGACCCGCUGGUCAUCGAGCACGGGCCCGAGUCGUACGGCGUGAUCGCUCCCAUGGAGUUCGUGGCCAACGCCGCCAUCUACCACGACAUCGCCCACAUGCGGGUCUCCAGCGCGGAUAGGGCGAGCGGCGCCGGCAGCGUGGCCAACGCCGGCCCGCGGCCGGAGGUGUACCACCCGGCGCGCGCGCGCUCGCCGGGCAAGGACUCGCUGCUGCCCAAGGACGAGACGUUCCCGGAGCUGCAGGCGGCGCACGCGGCGGGCGACGGGGACGACGAGGGCGACGGCGAGGACGGCGAGCUGGCUUCGUCGGCCGGGUCGUCGCGCGACGGCGACGCCUUCCCCAAGGCGUUCGAUCGCGACCGCGUCACGCCCACGCCCGGCGCGCCCCCGCGCCCGUCCUCCUCCUCCGCCGGCGACGGCGACAGCAGCCGGCAGGUGUCGUUGGACUCGUGCCCCUCGCCGGCGCCACCCAGCGACCUUCUCCUCGAGCGCCGGCGCUCUACCCUGGACCACCACUGGCCGCAGCUCAGCCUCGACAAGAGCAACGGCCACCACCACAAUCACCAGCAGCAGCAGCAGCAGCAGCAACCCGGGGCGGGGGCCGUAAACUGGUAUCUUACUUCAGAUAAUUUAGGUCAAGAGGAUGAAGAGCCAGAGAUCAUCAUGCCAAGCAAAAAGGUUUUCUCUGAUGCAGACAUCAUCCUUGCCCCAAAAACAGAGUGGGUACCUCCUGUUACCACUUAUAACACAGUAACUGGUAACAAUGGUACAACCCAUACCUCAUCUUUGGAAGCUCCCAGCACAGGUGACAGUGCUCGCAAGAAAACUUCAUCUGUAUCAUUUAGCUUGGAGUCAAAUCCAGAAUCUGAUAGUCGAGAUUCUGAAGAUAGUCACAAAACAGAAGACAGUGAGAAGCAAGAAACUCGCAAAAACAAGAUGCUAAAGCGACUUUCAUACCCUCUUGCAUGGAUGGAAGGACUUACAGGGGAAAAAGAUGACAAAGAUGUUUUGACAGGGCUACCAGGUCACCAGUCGGCAGAGGCUCCUGCUGCUGAAGGCCAGCACCAUGGAUCUGUCUUCUCAAAGGUUUUUUCAAGGUACAACUCAUACUAACUUAAUAUUGUUAUGCUUCUUCCAAUGCUCUCUUACUUAAAGUUCUUUAUUUUAUUGCUACUACUAACUCUUUGUACAUACUACUUUUAGGAAUGUAAACAGAGUACUUUCCUGACAAAAUGACAAAACAUUGCUUGCAAUCCUUAUAGUACAAGUAUUAACAUUUUUAGUAGAAUAUACUCUUGCUAGUAUUUUGUUCGUGGUUAUAAUAAAAAAUUUUCAUCAAAGACUUGGAUUUUUUUUUUCUUUCUUUACAUUAUUAUCUCAUUAUUACGUAUCAAUGUACAUAGUACUUUUCUUUGCAAUAUGAAGAAUGUACAUGUUCAUUGUUCAGAAUGAAAAUACAUUGCUUUUAGAAGUUUUAUGGAGCUUUGAGCUCUAAAUGUACAUCAUUUGUAUAUUUCAUUAGUAUUUGUGAUGUCAAAGAGUGCUCUGUUUCUGGUUUUCUCCAGUUUCUGUUUAGAGAAAACUCAUAACAUUAUUUUCUUUUAAUUAAACCUGACUAAUAUGCUCAUAUAACAUUAAUUUAGGUCAUUUCAACUUCAUAACUAGUUGUGUACAUAGCAUUUGUGUCCAAAGGAAAAUGAGCAGGUGUGUGCAUGCAUGAAUGAAAGUUUAAGAACACUUGUUGAGACAUUGAACUGGUGAUCCUCAUCUCCUGUUUUUGUCAGUAGGAUAUAAAUUAGAUAUGAUCUUCUAGUAAGGAAUUUCUUUCGCAAUUUUAGCAGCUUUGUUUCUACCUUUCUAUAAAGAAAAAGUCUUCCAAAACCAAUACAGCUUAAUAAAUUGAUAACUUAGAUUGGCAUGAAGACUUAAGAAAUCAGACUUCAUGACUUUCUUCAUGUUGUCAAGAUAGAUGUAUAUAGAGUACCAGCACUGUUUGUGUGUAAUGCACCCCUGUGAGCUGUAUGAAAGAUGUGUGCGCUAUUGGAGCUUGCUGAAUGUCCUGUGUUGGGUAGCUCGCCCAUCAACCUCGUGGACUUUGGGACGGGCCUUUUCCUCAUGAAGACCCCCAGUGAAGAAAGCAGCAAGUCCCCGGGGCCCGGCCCCCCACCCCCAACACCCGCAACUCUCAGCGAGGGCGGGACAGCCGCCGAGGGGUAAGCCUCGGCUGGAGUCCAUGUCGUGUUCCUUUCCCCUGCUGCAUGUGGUGCUCACUGUUGGGCACCCAGCUGCACUUGAUGUGUCUCUCCUUCAAGGUGGCUCGUUUACUCAAGCUCUUGUACAGGUCUCAUAAACUGGAUCAUGCUGCACUUUGUGAUGAGGUGUACCAUCAAAGCAAGUUUUUUCAUUACUAGAGUUUUAAUAGAACACAUGGUAAUAUGAUGCGUUCUCUCCUCCAUUUGUGUGUUUAAGAUUUUUCUGCUGCCCUGAAUCCCAAACAAAUUUGAGCUAAUCUAAGAUCAAAAUAUUAUGUGAAUUGGAAUCUGUAAUGGUUUUUUCUAGCUACAUUUGAUUGGUUUUGACUCGGCAUAAGGAAUCCAAAUUCAAUAACACUUAACAAAUAUCAAUAUAAAUUUGUGUUAGUGCUACAUAAUGUUUAAAAAAGAGUAAUUUAAUCAACAAAAAUGUGUUUAACUGUACUGGAUUUGCUCUUUAUAAUCAGAUGUGCUUGAAAUCCACUGUCAAACUGUUUUUAAAAAUAAUUUUUAUGCUUUUACAGAGAAUUAAAAUACAAAAUUAAAAAUUUAUUUUUCUAUCUUAUAAAAUAUUUUAUUAAUGCAAUAAAAUUAAAUAUUUAGUUUAAAUCUUACCACUAUCAUAAUUAAAAGAGCUGUGCAAAGUUGCAAAGUAAUGAUGUUUUGAAGAUGUUAUUCAGAAAUGGAUUCAGAAUGUGGGUUAUCCAUGCUGGGUUUAAAUAUUAAGGUAUAUCUGUGUUGGUCAGUAUUGGGUAAGCGAGCCUAUAGAUAAAGGGUACCCAAACUAUCUUAAAUUGUAAGGAAUAUUAAACUAUGUGUAAAAUACUGUUGUAACAAGUUCUUGACAGUUGUUGACAAGUUCUUUAAUACAUCAUUUGUGUGUGAAAUUUAGGGCUUUUUGAUUAAUUAAUUGUAAUGAGCAAAUAAAUGCUAAUUUGUAAAAGGAAAAGAAGAGAAAAAAAUUAAAAAUCUUUUGAUACUGUAUAUGUUGGUUUUGUGAUAAUGGAAAAAGACUGUGUCUGAGACUCAGUUCGACACAAGUUUUAUUUUCUCAUAACAUCGUAUUCAUAUCAUAUGUUGCAUUUAAACAUUCUGAAUAAAUAAAAAAACAAACUGUAAAUUUUUGUUUACAAACUUUGAUGUAAAUUUUCAGGCUUGUAUUUAGAAAACAUUCUGAACCAGAAUGCAGAAAAUAUUCAUUGUCACUUUGUAAUGUUAUCUUGUCUCUGCGCACGCACACACAUACACACAUAUAAUGGAGCAUACUUUCAGUUUCUGAGGUUUAGAUUUAAUGGGAAAGUCAAUACGUUAAAUUAAGAAUAAAUUUUAAUUAAUAUAAGUGGCUGCUAAGUCCUUCCUUGGUAAAUGCAGAAAAUAUAUUGAAAUAGAUAAUUCUGUGCUCUGGGAUAAAAUGUGUGAACUAGGGUAAUAUUAAAAUCAUUAGGUAAGUUAUAUGUAGUAUGCACAGCUAGUAAUGUAAUAGUAAAAUCAAUUGAAGUUUAACUGUAACUGGGACAAUAAAAAUAAUAGAAAUUGGGAAUUAAAAGUAUUUUACAACAUCCUCAAUAGUUCUUCUUGAAAUAAGUAGUAAUGUGCAUAUGUGCAAAAUCAAAUGUAUUGUUUAUUGCUAUUUUUAGUUCACAUGAUCCUAAAAAGAGAGAACAGAAUGAUACCAAACAUAAACAAAAGAAAUAGAUAAUGACAUUAACUUGUGAAAAACUUAUGUCAAAAAAACUUUUCAUUAGUUUGGGAACCCUUAUUCCAUGUGACUGUUAGAACGUAGCGUGAAACCAGUGGGCCAGUUGUGCUUCAUCCUACAUGUAACACAGCAUGCAGCUUGUGUUGUUGCAUGUGUGUUUUCUCAGUGCUUGUGAUGGCCGCAAUGUGGCGAAGAAAAUAAUUUCUUCAAAAGUGGCUUUGUGAUAAUAAAGUAAUAAGGCUCUGCACAAGACAAACACAAGUAAACACUCAUGUCACAACUCAAAUUGCACAUAUCGUAGGUUGCAGAGCUUCUUGAUGCCAUGAUAACAUUCUCUGGAUUUGUUGAAUAAUUAAAUUUCAGUAAUGGUUAACUAUUUUAUCAUUACAAAUAUUACCAAACUUGGUGUCGUGGACAUUGCUAUUUUUGUUGUUGUGGAUUUAUUUUUCAUAACAUCAUGAGAAAGAAUAUUGCAUACUUCUGUGAAGUAUUAAAUUGCUAUGUAGUAUCUACCCCAUCUCUGCAGUUAUGUCUGCAGACUAGGUGUUAGGCUUGAUUAAGUUCUACAAGGGUCUGGUAGCUGGACUAAUAAGUUUCAUCUACAUAAUGACCAUUUAGCACUGGAAUGUAAUGUACUGGAUUCUCACUGCUUCAAAAGUUGUUUGAAUGUACAACUUGCAUGGAGGCAAAUGUGAAAAGUAAUCAUGCUUGUUCUCUCAUUGAUAGAGAUGUCAUUAUUAAGCAGUAAAUGUUGUUUUGGUUUAGUUUAAUUUAUUAUAAAACUGGUAAUUAUAUUCCACAAAUUCAGAGCAGUAUUGUUUUAUCACAGACUUCUGCUUAUCAUCACAUUUUUUUCUGAAAACUAUGUCUUCCAAGUUCUGUUGCUCUUGCUACCUUCUUCUCAGUAUCUUCCUUCUGCCUUUCAGGACAUACUCUCUUCUAUCUAUUUUCUUCCAUCAUAUUUGUUAACAGCAUGACUUGUGACGUAGUUAUCUCUGUUAGAUAGGUAGUUCCUUCUUUCAUGCUUUUCAUCACCCUUGAAACGAGUUGACUCAAUGGGCAUCUAUGUAGAUGGAAAGAAAAGUACUGGUGUAUCUGUGUGUAAAGUGUUUUUUGUUUUCAUAAAGAUCUUCCCUUCCUUCAUAUAAUAUUAAAGUUCCUCCCAUUUCUUGAGAUAAAGUUACAGUGGAUUUAUUUGACAGAAAGGUAAAAGACAAUUUUGUCUAGA